GGCGGCUGUGUGCGCGCGCGCCGGAGUUGGGACCUGUACGUGGCUGCCUGGCCAGACCCGGGGCCGUGUCGCGUGGCCGCGAAUCUUUUGGCGCCGACUCCAUGGACGUGGGCGGCGGACGGACCAUGAGCGCGCGGAGGUAGUAGCAGCUCACGGGGCAGGGGCGGUCCGCUGGAGUCGCCACGAUGCUGCUAUGCCGUCGGUCGCGGGACCCGGGAGGACAGCACCAUGAGUCCGGCCAGCAGUGGCGGCGACGGGCCUGGAAGAGCUUCGUCGGUCGCCCGUCCCGGUGCCGCCGAGCGCCGCUUUCCUCACGGCCAGCGCGGACGGCGGGCUUCGACGCCGACGCCGCUGCCUCAGCCGUUGCGACGUGGCACUGGGACGUCGUCGCCGGCCUUGGCCACCGUUGUCUGCUGCUUUCUCGUCACCUGGACCAGGCAGGCCGAAGGCAGCCGCUCGGCUCGAGGCAUCAUGGCCAACACCAGCAGCCUCCUGGAUAGCCUGCUCUCGGAGAAGAACUACAACCGCCAAUUCAGACCAGGAUUCGGAGGUCCCCCGACGGAGAUCCUCACGGACAUUCUCAUCAGAAGCUUCGGACCGGUGUCGGAAAACGAGAUGAUGUUCUCGAUGGACUGCUACUUCCGGCAGACGUGGUACGACCGCCGGCUCAGCUUCCACGGCGACAUUAAGGUGCUCUCGGUUAGCUGGCAGUUUCUGGAGCUCGUAUGGACGCCGGACACGUACUUCUUCAACGGCAAGAGCUCCUACCUCCACAAGGUCACCGUGCCAAACAAGUUCGUCCGCCUGUUCCCCGACGGUCGACUCAUGUACUCCAUGAGGCUUACCAUAAAAGCAAGCUGCCCUAUGCACCUCCGGAAGUACCCACUGGACAUGCAGGCCUGUCCGCUGGAGAUCGGAAGUUUUGCCUAUUCGUCGAAAGAAGUGGUGUUCAAGUGGAAAGGUCCCGAACCGGUUGUGAUAUCACCCGACGUCACCUUGUCACAAUAUGAGUUUCUCAACAUCACAGUGACCAACUUGACUACGUAUGGACCCGGCGGCGAAGUACGUUCUUCACUCAAGGCUCGCUUCAUCCUAAGCCGCAGACGUGGCUACUUCAUCCUUCAAAUUUACGCACCAUGCUCCAUGAUCGUCGGUGCCUCCUGGGUUGCGUUCUGGAUCAACCGCAGCGAUGCCGCUGGCCGCGUCGCUGUAGGCGCCACCACAGUGCUGACACUGGUGACGAUGGGCUUCGGGGGCCGUGCGUCGCUCCCCAAGGUGGACUACGCGACGGCGCUCGACUGGUUCAUCAUCAUGUGCUUCACCUUCGUGUUCACGGCACUUGUCGAGUACGCAUGCGUCAACUACAUCGAGCGCUUCCUCCUCAACCGCGAGCGCAAGCGACUCGAAGCCCUCGCUCAGAAGGAGGAGCGUCGGGACCUUCUCAAAGAACUUGGCCAGGAGGAAACGGCGGACAACGCGGCGUCCGACGCGGAAAACAUCCGGCUCCGUCUCGAGCAGGCCGAGGAGGAAGUGGCGGCAGCGGCGGGAGCGGAAGACGCCUCCACGCGGCCAAACCGCCUCCGUCGCGGGGCCCCCGCACUGGGCCUGGCGCGAUUCGGCUUCCGCUGGUGGGGCCCCAAGCAGCGGCUGGGGGACAGCCACCCGGACACGGCGUACGCGCGCUGCAGUCGUGGCGUCGACGGCCCCGCACCGUCCGCAUCAUCCUCGAGGGAGCAGCGCCUCACUCCGAGUGAAGUGGCCGGUGAAUUGGACGCCUGGGCGCGCAUUAUCUUUCCUCUCACGUUCACGGCGCUCAAAGUCAUGUACUGGACGCUGUUCCUCUACUUCGUGGACGACGAAAUCUCCGAGGAGCCGCCUUCGCAAAACUGAAUCUCUCUAUUUCCCCCCCCCCCUUUCUCCGUCUCUCUCUCUCUCUCUCACCUUUCCUUCUUUUUACUUCUUUUUUAUUCAUCUGUAAGAGAUGCCCACCGCCCGCCUUAAGGCGCCUUCUCUCUCCUGUUAAACGUUCUUCUUACGAGGACGCUGUGCGCCACGCUUGCUCUCCGAGUCUGUCACUCUACGUGACAGCUGACUCCUCUGUGUGCGUGGUCCCGUGCGAAUCGGUGUUUUCUUUUCCCUGUGGCGUUAAACUGUAGUGCGGCCUGUGCUGCCACGAUGCUGUCGGCGUGCGCCGCCGCACGUGCUGGGAGUUCGUGAUCACGCGACGAACAGUGUUCCCGUGAGGAACGCCGCGCGCACUCACGUCCCUUUCGGGAAACAACGAACCGCUGGGAGAAGACGAAGGAGAGGAUUGGAGAACGGAAGCGUUCAGCGCCGACUUGUGAUCUUAAGUCACUGCCAUCAUACUCGGAAACCGGCUACGUUUCCUUUUUUCUUUGAGCAUUGGUGCGCUGACAGCUUCACAAUUGGAUUUUCCUAUCGAACGUGGCUCCCCGCAUUGAUGGAAGAAAACAAUGCCACGUGGAUCCAAUGCAAGUGUUGUAUUGUG